AUGGCUGAAUCAGCAGAGAGUGUAAAAACCAUCCCUUUAGAAGAAGUUCAAAAGCAUAAUGCUGCGGGAUCGUCUUGGUUAAUUAUCCAUAACAGAAUCUAUGAUAUUACGAAAUUCUUAGAUGAGGUAAGAAGGAUUUUUCUUCAACGAAAACUCGCAUGAUUUGCGGUGUGAUGCAAUCUGUACCGGCCCGUGGACUGCACAUGUCAAUACAAAUAUUGUACAUUUCAUCUACAAAUAACUUGAUCGUUAUUUGUUUGGAUCCAGAUCGCAUUAAUUUUAAGGGGAAAAGAGCAGAUUCAUUCGUGAACUCGAACCUGUUACAAGAGUUGAUUGCGCCUAUAAGUUUUGUUCCAUUGAUAUUUAUCCACCAAUGACCGCUAUUUCAAUUAGAAAUGCACGUUGACCUUUGCUCAUUAAGAGUUAAUGUACAUAGUAGACACGAUAGACCAGUCUUCUAAUCUGGUACAUUAAAUGUUUGCAGUUUAUGUACACUUAAUCUAUGAAAUAGCCUAUUCUGAUGUCACUUCCAAACAUGUUUUUCUACAUACCACGUUCAGCGGUUAGCGUGAGCGACCCCUUCUCUCAUCAUGUUGCCCCUUGUGGCACGAGAUGUAGCAGUCACUUUCCACGUGAAUCAGUGCUACAGUUCGGUUCAUAUUAUUAUUUCAGGUGAAAAACAUAAAAAGAUUUUUCCUCAUCUUUUUCACUGCGCUAUUCAUCGGACAGGUGCUUGCAACUUGCAUGAUUUUGGUCAUUUGAACAUGAAAUUUGUUCAUCCAAACAUAUAUAGACUGUAAAGCCUCUUUUCAUUAUCUUCAUUUCAUACAAAUUUUUGCGAAAAUCUUAAAAAAAAAUAGGAGUAUAUUUUUCUUUAUUGCCCUUUGUUCCCUCCUCUCUACAUGUUUAAUGAAACUUUUUUUUUUAAUAUGAGUAGUAAGGUAGGAUGCAAGUCAAUUUUAUCAGACAGAACAACUUUGUUAACAAAAUUUUUGCAGCUGCUAGCUUUCAGGCUUAAUUUCGUUUUGGCUGAUUAUUUCUGCAAGGUGUCAGAGACUAUUUCCAUGUUGGUUUUCUUUCAGUGUCUAUUCACUGUAGAUUUGACUCAUGUAUUGGCUUCAGAUAGCGUUUUAUUUACACCCUACUAAGGUGGUUUGGCAAAGAGAGUGCAUAAUUUUUCCAAAGGCCGAUAACAACCAUGGUAACACAUAGGAAAAUGCUAAAAGUAUGAUUAACUUUCUUUGAAAUUUCAAAACAACUUGUCUCCGUUGAGUGGAGAAGCAAAUUCUUUUUGCCAUUCUUUAAGUUGCUACUAACUUCAUUAUUUUAAUUUUGUUAUUAUUAAUAACAGCAAUAAGUGUAAUUUUAGGUUCCUUUUUUCUCAUAUUAGCAUCCAGGUGGAGAGGAAGUACUACUUGAACAAGCUGGUUAGUGUUAUUUUUAUUAUUGUGUGUUUCCAGAUGACAUUUAUACUGAUACUUUAUUUGUUUCCUUGGGACUUCUUGUGUUGGCUUUGGAAUUUCUAUAGGGUCCAUCUGAUUGGAUGCUACAAAAGUUUACAUGUUUACAUGCUUAAGAGUAGGUGGUCUAAUGUUUACAACUAUGAUGUUUUCUCUUGAAAAAGAAAUGAAGAUCUCCAGAUGGUUCUGAAAGAUACUAAGAAUUUAUGGAGUGAUUUAAAAUUGAGGGAGAUGAUAGAAUUUACCUAGAAUCCCUGGUGCUUCAGGGGUCUAGAUAUAUUCUGGAACCACUUAUGAUGAUGAUAAUGAUGAUUGUUAUUAUCAUUAUUGUAAAUGACAGAGUGUUUUGGUGUGUAAGGGUGCACUACAGUUUCAGCAAAGGAAUUUUAUCAAAUUGUCCUUUACAGUUUUCAAAGAACCUUCACUCUUAACGUAGGGCUUAGUUAGUCACUAGAGUACUGGGUCAAAGCUUGAAUUUCUUCUGGCAAGCAGCUACUUUAAUUGCAGUUUACCUGUGAAAAUCAUUCUUUUAUUUUCAAUCAUACACACAUCCACAUAGGAUUUAUUUCAUUAGUUUUGAUUAUUAUUAUUAUAAUUAUUUAUUGUUAGUUCUGUUAUUAAAUAAUUAUCAUUUGUUUUAUUGAUAUUAGCGAUAUUGGAGAAAGAUGUUUUUGUAAUUCUGAGUCCCCAUGAUGAAUUGAACCCCAGACCUUUGGAUUCCACGCUCUGAUGCUCUACCACUGAGCCACAGCAACUCUACAGUGAGCAAGGGCUGUUACGAAAUUCAUAUGACAAGCAUCCUGCAUACUGCUAGAAUCAGCAAUGUUGAUAGCAUUUCCUUAGAGUCUCUGUGGCUCAGUGGUAGAGCAAUUGGAGCAUGGAACCCGAAUGUCUGAGGUUUGAUUCCUCAUGGGGACUCAGAAAUUUUUCUUUGUCCCAUGCUCGUGAUAAGAUGAAAAACAUCUUUCUCUAUUCCUUUACCAAGCUCAAAACUAAUCCUCUCUCUAAUUUUAUUUAUUAGCAAUACUAUUAAUCAAAUAAUGUUUGACAUUGUGGCAUCUUUCUUAAAACACAAAGAGUGAAUGCAGGUUAGGCCUAACUGUACUCAUAACUUGAAUGCUGAAUUGAUGAUUUGUGGUUCUGCAAUAAAAAGGUGGAGAUGCUACAGAAAACUUUGAAGAUGUAGGACAUUCUUCUGAUGCUAGGGAACUUAUGGAGCAGUAUCUUGUUGGAGAGCUUGCUGAGGUGAAGUUUUUGAUAGAUGAUUUUUGUGUAUAUGGCCAAAAUAUCAAAAAUGGAGUAAGUUUACUUUUAUUACACUUUCCAACUGUAGAAAAAUCAAACAUCAGGAAUUCAAGUGUUGGUGAUGGAAUAGUAAUGGAAAACAGUGCUCUAGGCUCUGACCAUUUUGGUUGCAGAGGCAAAUAGAAACAAUUUGAUAGUAAUUGCCACUUUGGUGACAUUUGUUUGGAAGUCAUGCAAUCUUUUAAUUACUUUGAGCCUCUCAACUGUAACCAUGUAUGUAGGACUACACCAAGUGUCCUUAUUCAUUUCUGGCACCCACUUAUGAUUUUCAGGUGCAAAAUCAGAAAAUUACUUUCCUCCUUUUCUUGAAUAAAAAAAAAGACUGAAUUACUCAAAGAUGUGAUUAUAUCGCUUAAUAUAUUUGUUGCUGAGAAGACAUUUAAAACAAACUGUAAAGUAUAUGUAUGAGAAUGUAUCCAUCAGCAACCUAUUUAUAUGAUUAUUUGUUUGUUGUAUUUCAGGAGGAUAGGAUUCCAGAGAAGGUAUGCACAGUACUACUGCUACACAAUUACUAUCAAUGUCAUGUUCUUCUUCAAUUCAUAUCAAACAAAAAAUAGCAGGAUACAAUUUUCCCUUCAUUCUUCCAAGGAAUCAAUUCUGUGAUCUUGAGGAAGCCCUGUUCAAUUGAAAUUUCAAUUUUCAAGGGUUAUGACCAACCAAAAAAAGAGAAAUUAUGCUCUACACUUUUAUUUGGUCACAUGAACCCAUUGUGCAGUCUUUAUCAAUGUUGUUUGAUUAUGGCUGGUGCGGUAUUUUCAAAAUUAUUCUUUUAUCUCUCUCUAUUAAGUCUCAAGAGAAGAAAACUGUUCAACAUGAUGAAGGCAAACCUAAUUGGUAAGUUUUCAGGACAUGCACAGCAUAUAUCAUAUUUGAAAAUGGUGAUAAUGAUAAUGAUAUUAAUAAUUGAUAAUAAUACCGAUAGAAUAUCUGAAAUUCAUGGUCUUCAAAUUGCUUUAUCAUACUUCCCCAAAAUUUUGCAUUGUAAAAGAAGGGAUAAAAAUUAGAAAAUCGAUAAAAAGUAAUCUUUGAUUGUAAAUCGUAUAAUUUUGAAAUUAUCAUUUACCAGAGACUGAUCACUUUAUUUUAGGUGUGCUUGUAAUAAAGGAAGAUAUAUCAGGAUUCUUUAAUGGUUCAAUAAAAAGGAAUGCUAAUAUAUUUCUUUGUCAAUUGAAAUUACAGCUGCAUUCAGUAACAAGUGAACAGAAAUUUAACAAAGUGGCAACUAGCUAGGUGGGGAACCUUGCUGGCAUUGUGAAUUGAAAUCUUUGACAAAAUGUAACUUGAAUUUUUCAAAGCACUAACUUGCUGCAAGAAAAAGAUGCCUUAACAAUACGUACAUAGGCAUGCUACUGAUUAUGUCUGCUGUAGUUCUCAGAUAGCAUCAGCCAAUUGAUCUGUUUUCUUUUUGUCUUUUUGCAGGAUAAACAACAUUCUUUUGCCUGCAGGAGCUGUAGCUGUUGUGGUUGCCAUUGCUGCUUACAAGUAUUUCCAUUCAUAGGAAAAGUCCAUUGACCAAACAUUUUGAACAGUAUUACCAGAAACACAAGAAAUUGUGAUCAUUCUUAAAUAAUACAAAGAAAAACCCUAAUUUAGAAAGUUUAUCGGAACAUGCUUAUUGUGGGAGGUGCAUCUUUCUCUGUGAAGAGAAACUGGAUUUAAAAAAUGUUAUCUUUCCACUGCAAACUUUCUCUAUUUCUUUUGAGUUUUUUAGUAGUAUCUUUUCUUUUAAUAAGACCUUAAUGAAUUAGUUUAGUGUGUUUCAGGUAGGUUUGGAAAGAACUGUCCUUGUUGGACUGUAGCUAAAUAAUAAAUGCACAUUUAGUUGUUCAGUUUUUGCUGUAUUGCAGUAUUUGCUAAGCUGGAAAUCCUAUUCCUAGAUCCUUUGUUUCAGAUGUCCAGCAUAAUGCAUUCCAGAAGUGCUGGUCAAAAUAUUAGUAGGGGAACACUAAGACUUUCUUUUUAAAUAUGUAAGCAAUACCCACCUUUGUUUGCCCCUGUGGAAACUACCCUGCAAACUCUACUGUAAAUUCCUGAGAUCAGUAUGCUAAGAUUUAUUGUUAAAAGCUGAAUUUCAAAGUGUUUAAAUUGGAAUAAUUAUGCAAUUGCAGUUGACCUGAGCCGGGGGAAGACCAAACUGUAGAUUGUUUUCUACAGGACAAUUAUGGUUCAUUUAAUCCUUUUGGAGUGUCCGAAUUCUUUUACAGGGUACAACAAACCCAACUCUACUAAGAUUUGUCUGAUCUUCCACACAUAAUCUGUAUACAUCAGUCACUAGAAACACCCAUGCAGUAUCUGGAAACAUAGGAUCAACCCCACUCCUCAGACAUAGCUUGCGAGAUAGACGUUGUAAUCUUUCUAACAAAAAUGCGUAUUUUAGCCAAGCAGAGACAAAUGCGAGACAACUGUUGGGAGAGCGCGCUAUUAUAAACGCGUUGUGUUUUUGCUAGCACAAGCAGAGCGCGGAGGGAAAUUUAAGAGCGAGAGGAAGAAAGCGUGAACAGCGAAGUGUCACUUAUUCGCGGGUGUGAGGAGGACGCAAAGGGUGGCGAUUUACGUAUCAGGGAUACAACGCCGAAAAAGGGACUGCCGGUUUUUUUCGUGCUCCUCCACUUGUGCCCUCCACCCCUUGUUGCAUCUCGCAUCUCGCUCUGGAGGGGACGAUUUAUAUCACUGUAAGAAGAAAAUGGCAAUUUGGUCUCACCAGGUAACUUAGGGCUUGACAAACGUAGACAAAUUCACAUUAAAUUAGGGAGCAGUCGUAAGGGGAGUGAUGUAUCAGGAAUACUUUUCCUGUAACUAUGUUCCUUAUAACAUGAUUAAAUGGUGAGUUUUGGU